GGCUUUGUUCAGAAAGAUAAACACAACCUGUUUGUUUAGUUCUGCGUGUCCCGUUCCGGAUCUAACGCCUGAAAAUGCCAGCGAACAAAUUAGCUCUUUUAAGCGUAUCUGACAAGACGGACCUGUUACCACUGGCAAGGAAACUACACGAAUUUGGAUUGACUCUAAUCGCCUCUGGAGGUACCGCACAGGCAUUGAGAGACGCCAAGUUACCGGUGCAAGAUGUUUCUGAAGUUACAGGAGCACCCGAGAUGCUUGGUGGACGCGUCAAGACCCUUCAUCCUGCCAUUCAUGCUGGCAUUCUCGCCAGGUUGACAGAUUCCGACGCUCGAGAUCUUCAGAAGCAAAAUUAUGAUCUUAUCCAGGUGGUAGUUUGCAAUCUCUAUCCCUUUGUAAAUACCAUUUCGAAACCAAACGUGACGGCCGAGGACGCGAUAGAGAACAUCGAUAUCGGUGGUGUGACUUUAUUGCGCGCGGCUGCCAAGAAUCAUACCAGAGUUACUGUUAUCUGUGACCCGACCGAUUACGACAAGGUCAUCAAAGAGAUGGACACCGCUGCCGACAAGAAUACCUCGUUGCAGACUAGGCAAACUUUAGCCCUGAAAGCGUUCACUCACACCGCCGAAUACGACAACGCUAUCUCGGAUUACUUCCGCAAGCAAUAUAGCCCCGGUGUCUCCCAGCUCACUCUCCGCUACGGCAUGAAUCCGCAUCAGAAGCCCGCGCAGAUAUUCACCACUCUGGAGAAGUUGCCGUUGACCGUGCUGAACGGGUCACCUGGCUUCAUCAAUCUGUGCGACGCGUUAAACGGCUAUCAACUGGUAAAAGAAUUGAAGUCCGCUCUAAACUUACCGGCAGCGACUUCGUUCAAGCACGUCAGCCCGGCUGGAGCCGCAGUCGGCGUUCCCCUGGACAGUAUACAGGCGAAGCUGUGCCAAGUGGACGAUCUUCACGAACAGCUCACGCCUUUGGCAGCCGCCUACGCUCGUGCGCGAGGUGCCGAUCGAAUGUCAAGUUUUGGCGAUUUCAUCGCAUUGUCUGAACCGUGCGACGCUAUAACAGCCAAGAUUAUUUCAAGAGAAGUCUCAGACGGCAUUAUCGCGCCUGGCUACUCGGAAGAGGCUCUUAAAACACUGAAGAAGAAGAAGGGUGGCGCAUAUUGUGUGCUUCAAAUCGAUCCUUCUUACGAACCGUCUCCGAUGGAACGCAAGACUCUGUACGGCCUGGUUAUGGAGCAGAAACGUAACGACGCGAUUAUCGACAAGUCGGCGUUCGACAAUGUCGUGACGACCAAGUCGAAGACUCUGCCGGAAAACGCUAUCCGUGAUCUGAUCGUGGCCACCAUCACCGUAAAAUAUACACAAAGCAAUUCUGUCUGUUAUGCCAAAGACGGGCAAGUAAUCGGCACAGGAGCUGGACAGCAAUCUAGAAUUCACUGUACUAGGCUUGCGGGGGACAAGGCCGAUAAUUGGUGGCUUCGCCAGCACUCAAAGGUAACAGGAAUGAAGUUCAAGAAGGGCGUGAAAAGAGCGGAGAUUUCUAAUGCUAUUGACAAUUACGUCAACGGGUCCAUUGGGAAGGAUAUGGAUGAAGCUACCUGGGCCGCUAUGUACGAAGUCAUUCCUGAAAAACUGUCGGAGAGCGAUAGGCUCGAGUGGCUGAAGAAGCUGAACAAUGUUGCUCUGAGCAGCGAUGCCUUCUUCCCGUUCAGAGACAAUGUGGACAGGGCUAGACUUAGUGGUGUCAAGUUUAUUGCGAGUCCUGCUGGUUCCACAAACGACGCAGCAGUAAUCGAUGCUUGUGACGAACACGGAAUAGUGCUGGCUCACACCGGUUUUCGAUUGUUCCAUCAUUAAAUCUAAAAUAGAAUUUUAUACAUUGUUAGUAUUUUUAUACGAUGUAUCGAGUCGAAAGAUUUCUUCCAAUUAAUGUUACAGCUUUUCAAUAUGAAAAGAGCGACAACAUAAAAGCUAUUUUUGUACCGCUUUUUUUACUUCUAAUGUAUAUUAAGCUUUAUAUGCGCAGUUACAUGUAAAAUGUUGAAUAUAAAUGUUUACAUGCA